AAUCACGCAAGUGGCGCAUGUAAAAUGAUAAGAUUUCAAUGAAAGUAAACUUUUAAGAAAUAAACGAAGCUUUGUUUGAUCCAACAGAAAACAGGGUUCCCAGUGUGAAGCAGUUUCAAGUGACCCUUGACAACAAGCCAUUUAAAAGAAACCAGUAAAUUACUACUGAAUACAUGGAUCAAACCAUGCUUGACUUGCUUUAUUGCAUGCUUGGAUGGCCUUGUUCAUAAACCAUAAGAAUUGCUUAAAGUCUAGUCACAUGAGCUAGUUAGUCAACAACGCAUUGUUUUCAGUCUUGAAUUUGGCUUGUAGUGCACAAGAGGUUGGGGAUCCUUGCUCAAACCACAUCCAUCCUUUAUUUACUGAUUUUUGCCUCUUUCUCCAGGCAAAUGAAAAAGAACUGUAGGAGAAUGGAUGUGGAUCCCCCUUCAACAUCAGUUGGAAUUACCUCAAACUUGAAGCGAUCCAACAGUGCACCCAUGAUCAACAUUCUUGAUAACAACACAUCAUUUAGGGAUGCCAUUUCUCCAUCUCACCUUGUUUUGGGUAUAUCUCGUAACCGUCGCUUUAGUGCUAGUUUUUCUCCUGGUCAGUACAGUCCAUCAUUACAUUCAUCCUCGUCAUUGAUGCCAUCAUUUGUGCCAUCUCGGGUCAUUCAGCUAAAACAUGAAGAAGGAAUGAAUGUGAUGUAUAGAGAAGCUUCUCAUGAAAAAGAGGUUCAGUCCAAGCUUCAGAUAUCCCAGUCUUGGGAAGAUUUGACUUUGGACAGGACAACACAUAUCAAUAAUACACCUAGUGAGCCAGCAAAGAGACAUUCAUUGACUGACCCUUUGCAUAUAUUUACACCUCCCUUAGGCUUGUGUAGCUCUCCUUCGCCUACACGUGCAGGAAAGCAAUGGUUUUCUCCUUCUACAAGUCUUCUGAGGACAUCUUCCUUCUUCGUUAGUCCUAGUCCUAGCCCCACCCGCAGAAGCUUUGCAACUCGGCGCAGUCAAAGUCCUGUUGCCCUGCGACCCAGUCAGUUCUCAGUCAAAAGGAAAUAUGACAUAGAAAUGGAACAAGAUAGUAUUGGAAAUUCAGCAAAAAGAAUGAAUAUGGGAACAGGAACUCCAGAGAGAGUAGUAAUUACACAUCCAAUGGCCCACAGCUUGUCCUCUAGCAGCAUGGAUCCUGUGAAUAGUCCUGAUCAGACAGUUCCACAAGACAUUGCAGACUCUAUGUCUGGCAGUAGUGGCUCCCCCUGUAGUGGAUUUAAAUCUGUUGAGGAUGGUGUUUCAACAGGAUGUGGGAUGGAUGAGAGUGCAGUGUGAAUCAACCCACACAAUGAGAAUGUAGCUAGUUCUACUUGUAUAUUUGUUGUACAAUAACAAUAUAUAUAUAUACAUAAUUCUGGGCUUCAUUGUUAGAAAGAAAUUAUUAUGCAACUGCUGAAAAUAUAAAAGCUUGUGCGAAUUUGCUCCCAUUAACAUAAGUAACAAGUUUUUAACAGACAAUGGGUUUGGGUUGUAUGGGUAAAGGUUUUGCCAAGAUACAUCAAAGAAGAAAAGAAUAAUGUUUUUUUAUUUAUUUUUUAUUGAUAGAUCCAUUAGUACAAAAACUUAAUGGUUAUUUCAAGUCUGUAUACUUCCCUGUGAAGUUCUCCUUUGAGUGUAUAGAUAUAUUUAUAUUUUAUAUCCUAGUAACUAGCAACCAAUUGUAUAGAAAAAUUUAAAAAUAUAAUGAUUAGCAAAUUAUAAUCACAGAAAAUUGUUAAACAAAUGAACAUCAAUUAAGAGUGUGAGUUUGUUAUUAUAAAGAAAAAAUACAUGUCUUGUGACAAAUUGUAGAAGUGGAUAGAAAUUAUUUUGAAAGUAGUUCAUGUUUUCUUACUCCUGUGAAAAUGAUUUGUUUUUGUCCUUUUAGUGUUUAUAUAUUUUCAUGUAUUAAUUAAUUAGAAUAUAUUAAUUCAUUUUUGCUUUUCAAAACUGGUUUAGCCUGUAUUGAAUUCUGCAUUACUUCAAAGUAACUUAAGCUUACAUUGUUUUUAUUUUAUAAAAUUUUAGAGCAAGAGUGGAAACAUUUCAAAGUAAAAGUUUUCUUUAUUAUUUCAUAACUUUUAGCUUUAUAACUACAAAGAUUUUAAAAUAUUGUGUUUGGUUGUAAUAAAAUUUAUUAGUGCAAGUAUUCCUUUAUUAUAUAUAUAUAUAUAACAAUGAGUUAUUUUUAAGUAACAGAGACUUAUUUCACAGUGACAGGUGUUUUUUUUUGUUUCUUUAGGCUACUUCUAGAUCUCAAGAUUACAUAAUCAUCUGUACCUUUGUUUUUUCAUCUUGUGCACUUUAUUCACAGAAAGAUUAGAAAGUAGGCUUCUCUAACAGCUUGGACAACAUUGUCAUUUCUUUCUUUUUUCCAAUAAUAAUUUUUAAAUGUUUUUAAAUGUUUUUACUGGGCUUUUCCUGUGAAACUGGCAUUCAUAAAAAAACAUUUAUUUGUGUUACAAACAAAUUAAUAAUCUAGACUUUCAUUUUUAAAUGUUUUUACUACGCUCUUCCUGUGAAACUGGCAUUCAUAAAAAAACAUUUAUUUGUGUUACAAACAAAACAAUAAUCUAGAUUUUCAUUUUUUAAAUGUUUUUACUAGGCUCUUCCUGUGAAACUGGUAUUCAUAAAAACCUUUAUUUGUGUUACAAACAAAUUAAUAAUCUAGACUUUCAUUUUUAAAUGUUUUUACUACGCUCUUCCUGUGAAACUGGCAUUCAUAAAAAAACAUUUAUUUGUGUUACAAACAAAACAAUAAUCUAGAUUUUCAUUUUUUAAAUGUUUUUAAUAGGCUCUUCCUGUGAAACUGGUAUUCAUAAAAAAACAUUUAUUUGUGUUACAAACAAAAUAAUAAUCUAGACUUUCAUUUUUUAAAUAUUUUUACUAGGCUCUUCCUGUGAAACUGGCUUUCAUAAAAACAUUUAUUUGUGUUUCUUUAAGAUGCUCUCUUUUGUGAACCACCUAUUCAAAUUUUCAAAUGUUGCUAAGUGUCUCACUACGUAGUAAAUGAACAAUAUAGUGAAGGUAACGUCUGUUUCAACACAAUGUUGAGGUGUUAGCGUAAAAUCAAAUAAUUAGUUUUCCAAACUUUUUAAAAUAUCAAGUACAAAAUAAAGAUUAUAAAUUAUUACCAUUAAGAAGUAAUACAAAAUUUUUACAUGUUUAUUAUAUAUAUGUGUUUUUGGAGAGCUAAGCAUUAUUUAUGUUCCUCCUGGUUAAUAUGUGGCUCAAUCUUUUGGAAACGCAUAUUGACAUGGGUUAGCAGAUGACCAAAAUAGUAUACACAGAAUUUCUCCAUGUUAGUGAUAUAUUUUCUAAUGAGUUUUUAACUUUCAUGCUGCAGUUCAGUUGGCUGAUUUUGUACAAGUAAAAGUGCAGUUUUUAAAUAUAUACAACAUUAGAUAUAAAUAUAUGUAGUUAAAAUAAAUAAACACCAAAUAGUCAGAAAGUCUCUAAAGAAAAUAAACUGUUGAAUAUGGAAAAAAUAUUUCAAAGAAAUGCAUCAUAUUUGUAUUUCUUUAUAUUAAGUUGUAUUAUUACAGUAAGAAAUGUGAUGUGUUUUGUAUUAGCAUAUAAACAUAUUUUGCCUGGUAUUAUUGAUUUUUUGCUAAUCAGUUAAAACCUUGAUCAUAUGCACCUUGUAUAGGAAGAUGUAAUGGUUUUAAUUUAUGAGUGAGAUAGAUUACAUUUUUGUGGUUGUCAUUUUAAAAGGUGCAAAAAACCUGCUAUGUAGCUAUGUUUAGUGAAACUAUGGAAUGGCUGUAGCACUGCAGUUUGAUAGAUUUUUUGUUUUUGAUAUCACUAAUUAAGCAAGUUACAGGUUAAGAUACACUUAUACAGAUAAAUUAUUUUUUUAACCAGGAAAUAUUUGAUUGUUGGAAUUAAGAAAGUGACGAAAACAUCAUAAAAAAUUACUAAAGCCAUGUUUAAAAGACAAGUAAUUCUGUGUCUGUUAGUUAGUGUAAUAAUGAGUUUAAGAUUUUGUUACAUGAUUAAAGAUAUUCUCUGUUUGUAUUUACCAUCACUAUUAGCUAGAGUUUACAGAACUUGUAUUUCAGGAUAAUAUCUAUAAUCAUUGAAACUUCAAAAGUUUUGUAUAAUAUGUAUAUAUUUAUAUCUUCAAUUAUCUUUUGGUGAAAGAGAAACUCCUUCAAUUUUAAGUUUACCAGUUAGAACAAACGAAGUAAGUACUAGAAUCCAUAAACUUUCUAGUACCAUCAAAAUAUGUAAUGCAUUCUACAGGUACUGGGUAGAGCCAUGCAACUGCUAGAACCAGUAAACUUUUCAAUAAAAUAAAACACAUUAUUCAUUCUUUGUAUGCUGGUUGGAAUUAGUAAACGUUCUAGUAGAAUCCAAAGACAUGUUUAGUAGAAUCAAAAUAUAAGAUUAAUUGGGGUUAGAAGAAGGUAAAUGCUAGAAUAAGUAAAAGUAGAAUCAAAAUAUGAGAUUCAUUGUUCAUGUGCUGAUUAAAAUCAGGUAAGUGCUAGAAUCAAUACAUUUUCUAGUAGAAGCAAAAUAUGUAAUUCGUUGUUCAUGUGCUGGUUAGAACUAGGUAAGUGCUAUAAUCAAUACACUUUCCAGUAGAAGCAAAAUAUGUGAUUCAUUCUUCGUAAACUGGUUAGAACCAGGAAAGUGCUGGAAACAAAUUUUCUAGUAAUAUCAAAAUAUAAAAUUCAUUCUUCAUGUGUUUGUUAGAACAAGGUAAGUGAUAGUAUUGGUACACUUUCUAGUAGAAUCAAAAUAUUAGAUUAAUUUUUUGUGUGCUGGUUAGAACCAGCUAAAUAUUAAAAUCUGUAAAUUUUGCAGCAUUAUCAAAAUAUGUGAUUUUUUGUAAGUGUGCCAGGUAAAGCCAUGUAUGUAAAUUAAAACCAGAAAUUUUAAAUAUGUAGCAGUAUUAGAUCACUAAUUAAUUUUAAUUUGGAAUUUUUUCUGGUGGCAACCAGGUAAUAAGUACUAGAAUUCCUUCAAUUUUUCAUUACGUUAGUGUACAUAUUUCAUAUUUAUUUUCUCGGUGAAAAACUUGAUGGGUUAGCAUUAAAAUAUUUUGGCUGUUCACUGAAUGUAUACUAUGUAUUUCUUCUUAAAAAAUGCAUUAAAAUGCUGAUUUCCAGUACAUUAGGCUGAGCAAAUUAAGAUAUUCAGUUAGUGUACCCAUAACAUCUGUGUGUAAAGUGUGUGAUUUACCAUUAGCAUUAAUGUUUUAAAUUGGGAAAUAUAUAUAGACAAAUACUAGAUAUAUUCAGUAAGUUUACUACACUUGUUUUAAUUUUGAAGUAAAGUAAGAUGUAAAGGCUGUUUAGUAGUUGUUAAGUCAACUAUUUUUGCAAGGUGAAACCUGUUUGAAAUGUAUAAUUAUCAUAACUCAAAAUAUGUAUCUCAAGUCUGAUGGUCAAUAUUUAAUAUUUGGAGUAACUUUCUUUUGAUUCUUGACCUAAGAUAAAAUUUCACAAAGGAUACAGAUAAUGUAAUAACUCUUCAGUGGCAGGUUUUUUGUUUAAUGUUAACCUAUCAAAGUACAACAUUAAAUGUAAACCAUACAUGUAAAAUACAGUCUUAAAAACUGUUUCCAUAUUGUGUUUAAUUGAUAAAAAAUAAAUUGUUUUCUUAACUUGGUACACAAUAAUUUGCAAUAAUUAAUUCAAACAUUAUUCAAUAAUGAUUGUUUCAUUUGAUUAUUGCAUUCAACAGCUGUUGACUGAAAGUAAAAAAGAAUAGAAAUAGUUUACCAGAUUAUUUGUCUGUGAAUAUUUUUAAGCAUUUUAGAUUCUUCCUGUGUUUGUUUUAUGUGGAUCAUUCAAUGACCAAGUUAAUGUACUGUUUAAAAAAUAAUCAGAAUUGAUGUAAUGUUUUGAUACAUAAACAUUUGUACUCUCUUAUUUAGCACUCAGGUUUUCUUCUCUACUCAGUGUUAUAAGUUGUAAUGUGAAAAGGUACAAGCCAUAUCCUUGCCUUCUUUUCAUAUAACAACUUAUAACACUGAAGAGUGAAGAAAACCUAAGAGUUAAGUUUAACUAAAAAUUUGAAUAGCCUGUAUAUGUUUGUGAAUGUAAAAAGUACAUCGAAAAGCCCAUUUUUACAAUUACACCAUGUACAAUUCUGUUGAAUAGAAACCUCUACCAUCCUUCUAACUGGACUGAUGACAGCUGAUGUUGAUCAGACCUGCAGUUUUUGGUUGGUUGUGGAAAGGAAUUUAUAAUUGUACAUGUUUUCUGUAAUCAGAAUGGUUUCUUUGCUUGUCACAUUGAUUUGAAAUAUUCACAUUCUUUUAGCUAAGUGUGCCAAAUCAGAUUUAAAAUUCUUUAUGUUUAGAUUAGCAUAAUAAUGUCUUGCUUGAAUGAUAAAUUACAAGCUCUACCUGGUCAUUACUUUAUAUAAUAGUAUAGGAGUUUUUUUAGGAGAAGAGAAUAUAUUAACCAUUUGUGCCCAAUUUAUUCAUUUUUUAGUUAUAAUGCUGAAAUUUUAUAUUUUGACUCUUUUUAGGCCUUAAUACUGCCUAAAACGUAAAUUUAUUCUAAAGUUUUGUAUUGACGUUGUAGGCCAUGUUCUUUUACACAAGGUAUUGGGCAGAUGAAGAACUAAAUUGUGAAAAUAAGAAAACUUUUUCUGUAUAACCAAAACUUUAUUGGCAAUAAAAAAGUAACAAUCCAAAUAAAAUAUUUGCUUUUAAAAAUUAUUAGAAUGAAUAAAAUGUCAUUUUUUUAAACAUAAGUUUCAUUUUCAUUACUUAUUCUUUUUGUAUAUAAUAUUCCUUGAAACACAGUCUGAUGUUACAUUUUUCACACACCAACAUUAGUUUUCUGCUACAUUUGCUCUUAGCACAUCUUUUCUAGUUGGUAAUUUAGAUAAUAUAGUGGUUCAUACCUAAUGGAGGCAUCUUUAUGCAAGAGGUUUGGAAUAUUUUGGUCUUUCAAUUCUAAGAUGCUCAUCCACUUGUUGAAGUAAGCAUUAUGCAAUGUACCUUUGAAAGGAAAGUAGAUCAACAUAUUGUGCAUUUUUUGCAAUGAAUUAACCAAGAAUAAAAAUCUACAGCAUCAAUCAUUCAGGAAAAAAAAAGGUUCACCACCAUUUUUAUAUCUGAAUCCAUGUUCUGUGCAUACUGAUUCCUUGAUCUAUCAAGGAACAUAAUGCUAACUUGGUUUUUUCUAGUUUUUCAUUUAUUUAUUAUAACACUUUUGUGUUUGGUAUUCAUCAUUAAUGAUUAAUUCCUAAGUCCAAGAUACCACUUAGGAGGUAAUAGCAUUUACCACAUACUUACACGGGCUGUAGGUGGUAGGAAUCGAUAUGAAAUAUUGGCUCUCAUUUGAUGAGAGAUUGAUUGUUAUAUGAAUCAUCCUUAUUUUGCCCAUUUUCCUCCUGAACAUGCUAAACCUAUUCAGGACAAAGAGAAAUUUGAAAGCCUUUUUCCUCCACCUGAUUUUGCUGUUACUUCCUAUGCCCCUAAUGCUGAAUAAGCUAGGCCUAAUAUGACUAUUUUGUAUCUCGCAUGCAUGAGGGUGCUAGCCUGUCUCACCCUCCACAGGCUUCGGAUCAGUUUGCUUUAGCCUACCAUCAGGCUGAAUUUCCAAUUCUUGAUUCUCAACAGUUGGAAUUACUUUUGCCUGUGUGAGGGAUAGACCCUGACCAUCCUGUUCCUUUAUCCCAUGCCCAGUUUUCUUGCUUUUGUUUUACUCUAUUGACUCUCAUACGGCACUUGCCCACCAUCCACCUCCUUUCCUGAGGUGCUCCAUUGAAAUCCUGAGGUUUUUUUGAGGGAUAUCUUCUCCCUGUUAGCAAUUUUGUCUUCUACCAUUUCCUUACGUGGUUUCUCUGUUGUUGGGAUCAUCUGGGGAGAGACGCUGUAUUGUCCCAAGUUUGUUUACAACCUGCUAAUAAUUAGGGGCUUACAUAUGCCCCUUUUUUCCAAUGGUCUAUUUCCUGAGACCUUAGAAUCCCGUGUGGAAUCUGUGAGACAGCAUAUAACUUGUGAAUGUGCAGUCUGACACAUCUGGAGCACUACAGUCAUCUCCAAUUGUCUUUCCACUAGAAGUUAUUUGGGUGCACAUUAGCCUUCAACAGUUUAUUGUUCCUCACUUAAGUCUCUUUCUGUUUCUUCAGUUAAUGCUGAUCCCUAUGAAGGAAAUGUCAACAGCUUUAUUUUCUUAUAUUUCAAUAAUAUCAAGAAUGUUAUUCAAUCUAAGACUUGAAGUAAGAGAGAAACAGUUUACAGAACUUGUGUUUUCACAGCCCAGUGUCCUGUAGACAGAACAAGGGAUUUAAAUUCUUGAAAGAUCAAAGCAAAUUAAAAUAUAUCAAAAGUAUUAAGUAUUAAACAAUUUUUUUACAAUGAAAUAAUAGUUAAUAUGAGUUACAGCCAAAUCAAAACAAAAUUCAAACUAACUAUUUACUUACUGCUGUUGAGAUCCUAUUUUGAGCAAGCAUGUCUUCAUGCUUCCAAGUUGAAACUUCAACUGAAAGUUUGUUUAUGUGUGAACAAGUGUAAACUUAACCUCAGGCAAGUUUUAGCUUGUUCCUUUUAUAUACGACAAAAACUUGUACAGAAAUUUUAGAGUCCUGUAUACAUGACCAUGGGCACUAAAAGGGGUUAUUUUAAGGAAUUUUUCUUUUCCUUACUUAAGCCUACAAGUUAUGGUUGUAUACAUCUUUUUAUUGCUUCUGAUAGAAAAGUAUUUUUUGGAACACUGAAAGCUUGUACAGUACCACAUUCAAUACAUAUGGAUUAGAAAACAGUUUGGUUUUUCACACGUUUUAAUAAUUCUGUGUUGGAAGGUCAAAGUGUUCACUGGCUUAAAACCAGUUUAAAGAAACUGUUUUCUUAGGAAAAUUGAUUAUGUUCACCAUGUUUUAUUAGUAACUAUGUUGAAGAAUGAAAGCAGUCUAAACUAAUUGCAUUCACUUUAGAUUACCACUGUUGAAGAAUACAGCCAGGUUAAAAAAAUUAUUUACAGUUAAAGCACCCUAGUGCCUCGGUGGUAAGUCUGUAGGCUUAUAUCACUAAACAUAGGGUUUCAAUACCUGAAGUGACAGAUCACAGAUAGCCCAUUGUAUAGCUCUGAGCUUAAUAACAAACAAAAAUUAUAUUGUUAAAUAUUUUGAUCAGUGUACAACUUAUUCUAAGGUUUUGUUUCAUAAAUUUCUUGAACAUUGUACCAGUGGUUUAGUACUGUAUAUGUUAUUUUCACAGUUUUUUUAAACAUUUAGUUUAAUUACAUUUUACUUUUAGGAAAAGGUGAGUUUAUAACCAUUCUAAAAUUAUUUGUAUCAGCUCUUUCAGCAGUAUAAUGUUUUUUUUUUCUAUUACAACAUUCUAAUAAAAUUCAAAGUAAGGAAUAACAACAGUACACUCCAAGAAGUAAGGUUUUUAUCAAGUUUUUCAGUACAGAAAUAUGAUGGUGUGAAUGAUGAAGUUGCCAGUCAACAGAAAUAACUCAUUUGUUGAUUUUUCUGCAGUCAUGAAAUUUUAACUAUUAUAGAAACAAGUGCAUUAAACCCUUAUUACUGCUAUUUAAAUGACACGUUUCUACCCUACCUUGUUUAAUGAGUUUCGAUCUGAAGAGAAAUCAAUGAAAUUCUUUUUAAAAAUUUCUUAGUUUAUAGUUUUUAUUUUUGAAAUUAGAUAUAAAAAAUUAUUUAUUAUUUUUAAUUUAACAACAAAUAGAAUGAGUUAUUCUAACGCAUACAAAAGUCCCUGUUGUUUAAAGUUAAAUUUUUUGUUUCAGAAAUUGUUGUUUCUCAAGUCAAGUUUACAUUUUAACAUCUCUUGUACCUCUCAUAUUUUCUGUUUUAUAUGAAGAACAAGCAAGAUGCUGUUGCAAGAUUUUUUGUUAUUAAAUAUGUAUAUGUACACAUUAGUUGUAAUAAUGUGACUCAACUAUUGUACUAAAAUUAUAAUAAAAUGUCAGUAAUUUAA